AUGAAAUACGCAUCCUUCCUUGCCCUGGUGGGCUUCAUCACCAGCACCAGCGCCAUUGGUGUCUCCGGGGCUGCGGAGGGUUUCGCCAAAGGGGUCACUGGAGGUGGAAGCGCCACGCCUGUCUAUCCCAGCACGACUGCCGAGCUGGUCUCGUACCUCACAGACAGCCAGCCGCGCGUGAUUGUGUUGACCAAGACAUUCGAUUUCACCAACACUGAAGGCUCGACCACGGCGACGGGCUGUGCGCCUUGGGGUACUGCCCCAGGCUGUCAGUUGGCGAUCAACCAGAAUGAUUGGUGUAAAAACUACCAGUCGAGUGCGCCCUCGGUAUCUGUUACUUAUGAUAAUGCCGGCGUGCUUGGUAUGACAGUAGCUUCGGAUAAGACCUUGCUGGGAUCUGGAUCCAGUGGUGUGAUCAAGGGAAAGGGUCUCCGGGUUGUCAGCGGCGCAAAGAAUAUCAUCAUCCAAAACGUUGCGAUUACGGACAUCAACCCCAAGUACGUCUGGGGCGGCGAUGCCAUCACUAUCGACAAUGCCGAUAUGGUCUGGAUCGACCAUGUUACGACUGCGCGCAUCGGCCGACAGCAUCUCGUCCUCGGCACCAGCGCCUCGAACCGCGUAACGAUCUCCAACUCCUACUUCAACGGCGUGUCCAGCUACUCCGCCACCUGCGACGGCUACCACUACUGGGGCAUCUACCUUACCGGCUCAAACGACCUGGUCACCAUGAAGGGCAACUACAUCCACCACUUCAGCGGCCGCAGCCCGAAAAUCCAGGGGAAUACUCUUCUGCAUGCGGUCAAUAACUACUGGUACGACUCUACCGGCCACGCCUUCGAGAUUGGAUCGGGUGGCUACGUCCUCGCCGAGGGGAACGUCUUCCAGAACAUCAAGACGAUUGUGGAACCGCCCGUGGGGGGGCAGCUGUUUACCUCCCCAAAUAGCAAUACCAAUCAGGCCUGUUCGGCGUAUCUGGGUCAUGUUUGUCAGGUUAAUGGUUUUGGGAGCUCGGGACCAUUCAGUCAGGCGGAUACAGGGCUCUUGUCAAAGUUUUCUGGUAAGAAUGUUGCCUCGGCGUCGGCGUACACGGUGGCACAGUCGAGGGUUCCGUCGAGUGCCGGGCAGGGGAAGCUAUAG